GGUAUCUUCUAUACGGUGCCCUCGGGACCAUGCUUAGCCGGGUCGCAGCAGAGAUGGCAUGUUGGCUAUUGAGCCUUGCCUCCGUGUAUGGGAAGUGUAAUUUGGGGCAAGUGGGCUUUGCCUGCAAGUUUGGAUGGACCUCCGUCACCUUGGAUCUGAGGACCUAGCGACCGGGUGUAUGAGGGGUGUCUUGGAUCGGUCUCGACACAACCUAACCGUCAGGAUGAGCGACCUACGAUCGCCGAGCGAGCGGCACAAAAGGGGUCCCCUCUCCGAACUCUCGCCACUUGGGCAGCUGCAAUGCGAAACGACUGUUACGGACGAUUGUCAACCCCUCCCAAGAUGGUAGCCUUCCAGGACUACUCAGUUGCCUCCGCGUCAGCUGCUGGCCCUGAUGGACUUCGGGCAACGGUUGACUGUGAAGCUCCCUUCCAUGCCUCGCCCCUUGUAUCAACAUGUCCCAAUCCUCCGCCGCCGUAUUCACCUGCUAGCUAUGAUGGCCGUUAUAGAUCCCAUGCUCUCCUGGAAUGCGUCCAUGCCAGGCAACUGUGCGAGGAACACUUCGCCAACUUGGAGGCCAAGAUGGCGGACUUGGAUGCUUACUGCAGGCGGUCUCAAUGCCGGUGCGGACGGAGCAAUGUGAGCGAGGGGACAUGUGGUCAGAAGAGAGGCCAGCUUCAAGUGACAUGGUGCCGCACCAAAUCUUUCUUCGACAGCAUUAGGCAACGAGUGUCGAACAAGUCCCGCAGGAGGUCGCAGGAUGCUUUCGAGAAUGGACAGGGACAGGGUCACGGCCAGGAGCCCGACUGUCCCGGCGACAUAGGACAGGGACAUGCGUCUGACAGGACCAGCGAAAAGGGAGAGGGACAAGGGUUGCACUGGCUCAACGACAACCUUCUGCUUCCGUCAGUGGCAGAACUCCCGGCAAACUCCAGGCCCGCUGAGCUAUCACCAAAUUAUGCUUCUCUCUUCGAGCUGUCCGCAGCAUACAACACGCAGCUCAUGCCGUCUCCAGCCGGGCUGCCGGAUGUCCAUUCCCACGAUGCCAGUCACUAUGCCAACCCCAUUGGACAUAGACAACCUUCGUAUGCUCUGGACGCCGGCAUGAUCGCCAUUCCCCAAGCGUUGCCUAAUCAGCAUCACAACCAAAUCCCCGGUGUCUAUGAACUCCCCGACCAAACACUGAUCUCCGCCUCGCACACGGCGCCAACGCCAAACUCAACGUUGUACGGCAGACCUCCUCCCCGUAACUUGGCAAUGAGCUCCUUUUUACGAUCCACGCCAACUAGUCACCGCCAGUCUGUCUUCUCUCAGUCGCAAAACUCGAGCAUUUCCACAGCCGUAUCCUCCAUUGCAGCAUCUGUCGAGCAGCAGGGCCCUCUCUUUGCGUCGCACACUACAUAUUCUCCUGUCGAGUACGGCCAGAACGGUGACAACGUUGCCGCUUGGCUUCCGGCCGCCUCGUCCCAUGACCGCUGGACCUCGAUAACUGCCGUGGCGGAACUACCUGAUAGUUCCCUCCUACCGGAGUUGGAGGCCAUACAAUGGCUGCCAAAGCCAGGAUCCGAAAGCCACAUGCCCAUCCAUCCUCCAGGAACGACAUCGUUGCCCAGCGCUUUCGACGAAACUCGGUCAAUCGAGCCCCUAAGUGGCGGUAUUGUCGCCCAACCUGGCUUAGAUGAAAGCGGGUGGCUCACAUCUCCAGUCUAUGGCCUUGGAAUUGCCAACGAAAUAGUCAACUCUGGUUUUAUGAAGCCACGCUCUCCUUCGCCUCCGCAUUCCCGGCUCCGGAGACAACCGCGGAUUCCACGGCCGCGACGGAACUCGUCGGGUUAUACAACACGCAGUGUACCAGCCAUGCCGACAACGGAGGAUUUAACGAGCCCCGAGGGCUUGGCGCUACCCGGCCGUCCUCGCAACUCCGCCAUUUCGGGGCUUCCAAGCCAGCAGCGGGUUAGCAAGUCCAAAGCUUCCGGGCUCAGAAGAAGGCAGGCCGAGAAUGAAUCUAUGUACUGUCGGGAUUGCCAUUACUACCCAGAUGAGGGACCAGAUCAACGCAAGAAGAUGGUGCGACACAAUACCAGCAACAGGCACCGCCGAAAUACUGGCCAAGAGCCUGGUGGGGGGUUUCAAUGUCCUGUAUGCGGAUCCAUGCAUAGCCGGGACGACAACCGAUGGCAGCACGUGAGGAAGAAGCAUAUGAUGCGACGGAAUGAACUGGACGAAACUUUCAAGGAAAGGAUAGAUGCCAGGCGGGACACUGGGUGGGCUCUGCGGGCAGACGGGCUGGUAGGAGAAGAUGGAGCAGGUGGGACGGGAUGACGAUCAUUGGCCAUGAUAUUGCGGACUUACAACGUGA